UGACUGAGCCCGCUGAUACGGGACCCUUGUGAUUGAGAUGAUUAUCUGUAGUUUACAGUCUGUGGAAAUUGCUUGAGUUUCCUGAGGUUUCAAGUCGCAGCUUGGAUUCCCUCAUUCUCAGUACUGUGGCCGCGGGGUUGCAGGAAAAUGGGGAUGAUUUCAGGGUUCAUUUUUUUGUGCAUGCUCCAAGCUGCAAUCCCUCAGCGUCUGGACCCUCGUGGACCCAGGCCAAUACCUGGGCGAGGUGACAGUCCAGAACCAACUCCACUUCCAUUGCCACCUGAGCCCACACCAAGACCUAAAGGUUGUGAGACCAGGAUUAUCGACUGUCCCAUCAAGCUGUUUUUCACCAUCGACACGUCAGAGACCAUCGCCUUACAGGAGUCCCCGCCUGGUAUCCUGGUGGAAAACAUCAAGGAGUUCACCAAGAUCUUUGCACAGAGGCUGGCUGAUGAGGAGUACAAGGGCCAGAUCCAGAUCAGCUGGUCCAUCGGAGGCUUGCAUUUCUCCCAAACCCAGAUUGUCUUCAGCCAGUUCACAACCAGGGAGAACUUCAUCAGGAAUCUUGGUGGGAUCAGAUACCUGGGCAAAGGCACCUACAUCGACUGCGCCCUGAAAAACAUGACCCACCAAAUGACCCAACACUACGCAGGGACAAAGGCCGUCCUUUUCUCUGUGGUCAUCACCGACGGCCACGUGACAGGAAAUCCAUGUGGGGGGAUCAAGGUCAUGGCAGAGAGGGCCCGGGAGAAAGGGAUCCAGAUUUUCUCAGUGGCAGCGUCCAGAUCCAUUGAUGAAUUAGGGAUGAGAGAGAUAGCCAGCUCUCCCAUUGAACUUUAUCGUGAUGACUACAUAGCUGUGGACAUUGUUGACGGGCGACCGAAAAUCAAGACUGAAUCCAUCGAUCGUAUCAUAAAAGCCAUGAAAUAUCAAGCGUAUUUACAGUGUUACGAACAUAAAUGCUUUGAGACUCCUGGGAUCCCUGGACCAAAAGGUUCUCCAGGUCAAAAAGGCGCAAAAGGAGACAGAGGUCAGGUUGGGCCAAAAGGCCAAAGGGGUAAACAGGGUGAUCCUGGUAUUGAAGGUCCUAUCGGACGACCUGGUCCAAAGGGAGAGAUUGGUCUGAAAGGUGAAAAGGGUGAAAUUGGAACAAGUGGAGCAAAGGGAGUGACUGGAGUACUUGGCAGAAAUGGAACUGAUGGCCAGAAAGGUAAAAUUGGUCGAAUUGGAGCCCCUGGUUGCAAAGGUGAUCCAGGUGACAAGGGACCAGACGGCUACCCUGGAGAAAUUGGUGACACUGGGCCACCUGGUGACAAAGGAGAAAAGGGUGACCUUGGGCUCCCUGGGAGGCCGGGUCCUCCUGGUCCUGAGGGAGAACGAGGACCACAGGGUGAAAGAGGAAAUCCUGGAAAUCCAGGGUCACCAGGAGAAAAAGGAAGUCCGGGGCCCAGAGGCUUACCUGGACUACAAGGGGAAGAGGGAAGGAGGGGAAACGCUGGGGCAAAGGGAGCACCAGGACCUGAUGGGCCAAAAGGAGAGAAAGGAGAACGAGGGCCACUGGGAGACAGAGGUCGAUACGGGGAAGACGGACUCAAGGGCGCAAAGGGAGACCAAGGACUACCAGGACCGAGGGGUCAGCCGGGAGAACCAGGGCCCCUGGGAGCAAAUGGCACCAGGGGAAAUCCAGGAGAUGCUGGACCAAGGGGAGACUCUGGGCCCCCUGGACCAAGGGGAGACAAAGGAAGACAGGGAUUCAGCUAUCCUGGACCAAGAGGACCCACUGGAGACAGAGGUGAUCCAGGCAGGAGAGGACCUAGGGGCAGCAGAGGCGAAUGUGGCGCCAAAGGAGAUCGUGGAGACAAAGGACUACCAGGAGAGGCUGGUGAACCAGGUCAGCUGGGUGAGCCAGGAGAGAGAGGACCCAGAGGGGAACCUGGAACUGAUGGGGACCCAGGGCCAAUGGGCGAUCCUGGGCUAACUGACUGUGACGUCAUGACUUAUGUCAGGGAAACGUGUGGUUGUUGUGACUGUGAGAAGCGCUGUGGAGCUCUGGACAUUGUAUUUGUAAUUGAUAGCUCAGAGAGUGUUGGGCUUACAAACUUCACCCUGGAAAAGAACUUUGUUAUCAACACCAUCAACAGGCUGGGCUCUAUGGCCAGCGACCCAGCGUCACCAACCGGAACAAGAGUGGGAGUUGUGCAGUUCAGUCACAACGGGACCUUUGAGGCCAUUCGUCUCGACGACGCAAACAUAAACUCCAUGUCUGCCUUUAAAACGGCAGUGAAGAAUCUACAGUGGAUUGCUGGGGGCACCUUCACGCCAUCGGCUCUCAAGUUUGCCUAUGAUACCCUCAUCAGGGACAGCAAGAGAGCCCAAGCCAAAGUUUCAGUGGUGGUGAUCACAGAUGGCCGUUUUGACCCACGCGAUGAUGAGGAUCUGCUCAAGUACCUUUGUGACGACGACAACGUGGUGGUGAAUACCAUCGGGGUUGGUGAUAUGUUUAAAAAGGAACAGGAUGAUGAGAUCCUGGUGUCGAUAGCGUGCGGCAAGAAGGAACGUGUCACGGGUAUGAAGAAUUACAUUGACUUGGUGGCUGAGGACUUCAUAGAAACAAUGGAGACUGUGCUCUGCCCGGAGCCAGAAAUUGUGUGCCCUCAUCUUCCCUGUAAAAGUGAACCUGCUGUUGCUCCAUGUGUCGAGCGGCCGGUGGAUUUGGUGUUUCUGUUAGAUGGCUCGGAGCGCCUUGGUCCGGAGAACUUCCGGAUUGCCCGUGAAUUUGUGCAGAAGGUGGCAGACAGAAUGGUGCUAGCCCGGAGCAGAACUGAUCGUAUGCGAGCCCGCUUAGCACUAAUAGAGUUCGGCAACAACAACCACACCAUAGCCUUCACACUCACGCACGAUCCUGCCAUCAUCGCUGACAGCAUGGCACGCUUGCCUUAUCUGGAUUCUUCCUCGAGCGUGGGGCCUGCCAUCAUCCACACCAUCGACGUCAUCUUGGGUAAAGGAAAUGCUCGCCUUACAAGACGCAACGCAGAGAUUUCGUUUGUUUUUAUCACCGACGGCAUCACUGACACCACAAACCUGGAGGAGGCGGUAAGUGCGAUGCGUGGGGCACAGGUUGUCUCCACAGUGAUAGCAACCGGAAGUGACGUAGACCAAGAAGUCCUGACGAAGCUGGCUAUGGGUGACCAGGACGCCAUCUUUAAAGUAAAAGACUUUUCCGAUGUGUCCCGGUCCAGUUUGUUUGACCGUUUCAUCCAUUGGGUAUGUUAAAGAGACAUGAAUAUCAUACUGGUGCUACUGCUGUUAAUCUGGCAUUUUAAACAUGAGAUACUGAUUUACUAUGAUUCUACUAUGCACUGUACAAUUUUCACGUCGUCACCGCAACUGUAAUCAUGCUCAGUAAUUUGAAAACAUAGUACAAAGUUGAGCAUUCUUCAACCAUUAAGCCUUACUGAUCAAAGACAAUAAACACGGAAUUUAUUGGA